UGUGUCUGUGUUUGCGCUGUGUGUCUGAGCAUGUGUUGUGCGUUUUACGGUGGUGUUGAUGAGCCGACUGACGGUUUUACGUCCUCACACUCGCUCUUUCUCCUCUCAGCUUUUGUGAAAACAUUGAGUGUUUAAUUUCUAUGCAGAAAACAAUGACCACGAUGUCAAACUGGCUGUAGAAUAGCUGGAAAUGUCCAGCGGCUCCAGCGGAUUCAUUAUAGAUCACAGAGGGCCUUUCACACCCCAACGCUGAAUCAAUGGAUUCAACUUUUCCAAUCAAGAUUUUCUCAGCGUUGGAGCCAAAUGCGGAAGUGGGAGCGUGUGAGCUCACAUUCACUGGGCACAAAGAGGAGACCGCACGCUGACUCACACACUGAAGCCCUGUUCAGCCUUUUGCCGCCGCUCCAUUAUGACCACUUCCAUCUUGGCGAGAUGUAAACAUCAUAAAAGGCCGCGUUUCCGCUCAGCGUGAAGCUGAAGCUCCUCUCGCUCGCACAGGAAGUGUCACAGCUGCGCCGAGCGCUCUGGGACUUUGACCACUGGGAGGUUUAAGUUUACUGGUGGGACUGGGAUCUUGCUCUGCCACAGACCAAAGCUUAGUUCACUUAAAUAUCAGUGGUUCAGGAACGCCAGAUGCACUGACCAGUUCAGGAAUGUUGGGAAGGUGAUUUGCUAUUGAGGCCACAGAGGUUAAUGCAGAUGAUUGACAGGGUUCAGAACCUAUAAGACAUCGCAGCUCCUUCUCGCUGUGUCACUGUAAGUAUUGGGCAGACUUUAUGUCUGCAGUGUAAACGUCCAGACUGACAGAUGAAAGGAGAACGGAAGAUGAAGACUCCUGGCAGCGCUGGGAAUCAGCCAGAGGGGCCUCGAGGCUCCAAACAACAGCGGGCGACUGAGGAGGAAGGAUGAACGGCCGCUCCGAUGCUGCAGCCGCAGCUUUUACUCAGAGGGAGAGUGAGUGAGGAAUGAGUGGCAGGAUGGGAGAAGAGGCUGGAACGGAGGAAGGGGAAGUGCGAGCCCCGCAGCUAUCAGUGCUGGUAGGAGGAGAGAGGGUGGGGAGACAAUAGCACGAGAGCGGGUGUAGGACAGACAUCGCUGCCUGCGCCGAGUCGACGGGGAAGGACGGCAGCGAGGAGGUCCUGCUGUGGACGUUUGCAGAGUGAGGAGGCUGCAGCAUCAGGAAGAUGUCAUGGCGUCCGACCUACCGAAGCUCCAAGUUUCGAAACGUGUACGGAAAAGUGGGAAACCGGGAGCACUGCUUCGACGGCGUCCCCAUCACCAAGAACGUCCACGACAACCACUUCUGCGCCGUCAACUCCAAGUUCCUGGCCGUGGUGACGGAGAGCGCCGGCGGCGGCGCCUUCAUCGUCAUACCUGUCGCCCAGGCCGGUCGUCUGGACUCCCACUACCCGAAGGUGUGUGGACAUCAGGGCAACGUGCUGGACAUCAAGUGGAACCCGUUCUUUGAGAACAUCAUCGCGUCCUGCUCCGAGGACGCCUCAGUGCGAGUGUGGGAGAUCCCGGAGGGCGGCCUGAGGCGCAACGUGACCGAGGCGGUGCUGGAGCUCUACGGCCACAGCCGCCGAGUGGGUCUGAUCGAGUGGCACCCCACGAGCAGCGGCAUCCUCUUCAGCGCCGGCUACGACUACAAGAUCCUGAUCUGGAACCUGGAGAUCGGAGAGCCGGUGAAAAUGAUCGACUGCCACGCUGACGUGAUCCUCAGCAUGUCCUUCAACACGGACGGCAGCCUGCUGGCCACGAGCUGCAAGGACAAGAAGCUGCGCGUGAUCGAGCCGCGCUCCGGCAGAGUGCUUCAGCAAGCCAGCUGCAAGAACCACCGCGUGAACCGCGUGGUGUUUCUGGGCAACAUGAAGCGUCUCCUCACCACUGGGGUCUCACGCUGGAACACCCGGCAGAUCGCUCUGUGGGACCAGGAGGACCUGUCCAUGCCCAUGGUGGAGGAGGACAUAGACGGCCUCUCGGGGCUCCUGUUUCCCUUCUACGACGCUGACACACACAUGUUGUACCUGGCAGGCAAGGGCGAUGGAAACAUCCGCUACUUUGAGAUGACGACAGAGAAGCCGUACAUCCAGUAUCUGACGGAGUUCCGGUCCCCGGCCCCACAGAAAGGCCUGGGCGUGAUGCCCAAACACGGGCUGGACGUGGCGGCGUGCGAGGUCUUCCGCUUCUACAAGCUGGUGACGCUGAAGGGUCUGAUCGAGCCCAUAUCCAUGAUCGUGCCGAGGAGGUCAGACACGUACCAGGAGGAUAUCUACCCCAUGACCCCGGGAACAGAACCGGCGCUGUCGGCCGGCGAAUGGCUGAGUGGCAUCGACAGAGACCCAGUGCUAAUGUCGCUAAAGGACGGCUACCACCGUCCGAACCAGCUGGUGUUCAAGGCCCCGGUGAAGGAGAACAAGGCCCUGGUGGUGAACGGGAUCGACCUGCUGGAGAACGUGCCGCCGCGGACGGAGAAUGAGCUGCUGCGGAUGUUCUUCCGGCAGCAGGAGGAGCUGCGGCGCCUGAAGGAGGAGCUGACGUCCAAGGACGUGCGGAUCCGGCAGCUGGAGCUGGAGCUGAACAACCUGAAGAACGUUAGUCCCAACAACGUCUGACCUCUGGGCCGCUGCUUCCUUUGGCCCAAAUCUGACCUCCAGCCGGCUGCUGAGCCUCCUCCCUGCUAUUUUAUACCACCAUAUAUUGUAAAUCUAUUCCUGCUGCCUCACAUAAUACAAAUAAUGAUAAUGUAACGUUAAGGUCUUAACCGGUGCGAUUACUGGAAUGUGGUAACGGAGGGAAGGCGGGUUCUGAUCUAGUCACUUUUGGUAUUAUCUGUUUUUACACAUUAGUAUUGAUCUCAAGUUCUGAGCAGUUGUUGCAUAUUUAAAGCCAGACUGCCUCCCGCCUCACUCUGCCUGUCACCCAUCGCCACGUGAACAGCUCCGCCUCCUGAACCGACCGAACCGCUCACUUCUCCCCACGUGCAGUGGAUCCAAGGACUGUCCGUGGUUUCAACCCUAAGGCCUUAGGACGCGGAGCAGCCGCAGCUGCAGCAUCAAAGCGCUGAUGGUUCGAACCUGACGGAGCUUCUGCAGAGACGCUGCUCGUCCCUCCUUUCUCGCCGCCAAGCGUUGGCGGUAAAUGACACAGACCUGCUCACGUGCAACGAGUGGCGACUCGCGCGUCCCGUGUUUUUAUUUAUUUGAAUAGAGGAAAAGCAGCAGGAGACACAGUGGACUGGACCCAACGUCAGCGGAAGCCUUGCAGCUUGGUUCUGGUUUUCAGGGCUACUUUUGGAGACGAGUGGUCGUGUAAAUACACCUGUAUUUAUUUCCUUUGACCUUUUUAGCUCAUAACAUGGUUUUGACACUAAUGCUAGUUAAUAACUUUGUUUUUGUACGAGGGUGACGCUCGAUAGAUUUUGCUGAAUGCUUUUGAUUGAAAUGGUGCAAGACUCUUGUGAAAUUGCAUAGCUUCUAAUAAGGUAUGAAAUAUGUCCUUGGCUUUUCUGAGUGCAGAGAACUGUAAUGAUACUCAUCCUAUUACGUUAAACCACAUGUAUCACCUAUUACUGACAGUAGACGUAGCUCCAGUCUCAAUUUGUACCUUUAACAGGCUUCUGCUGAACAACACCACCUUUCUGUUGCGUGCAUAGAUUCAUAUUUCAUGUUCCUGAUUGAUUAUUUGUGGCCAAGUUCAAGCAGUCACCAAAAGCUUAGUGUCUCAUUCAUUCUGCUCCUGCUGGUCUGGGAUGAAUCCACUCCAUGCACGGCCAGAGUGAAGGCUAAUUCUCCUUUACAAAGCUUAAUAGGAUAAAAACAAACCCAUGUGAACACUUUAAAUAUAGACAGGAGCCACCAAUGAUGCAUGUGAAUGAAAGAACAAGCUGCAGUGAUAAUGUAGUAGAUGGUGAGAUGAGCUGUGGCAGGAGGAGGUGAGUGGGCAGAGGGAACUCUGAUGGACUGAGCACUUCAUCAGUAGAAGUGGAGUUCAUGGAAGGUGGGAUGAACAGGUUGCUAUUGGAAACCUCCACCGUUGGCUUCAGGCUAGUUCUGUGUCCAUUCACAGCUUCACUUCUCACCUUGGUUUCUGUACUUCGAAUUAUGGCGUCACCAUUGACGCAGAAAGACCACAAACCACAAGACGUAUAUAAAAAGGGAUUUAUUGAAGUGAAAGGGAGGGGGAAAAGAAACCGAAUUUGGCUGAGGACAGUGGACUGAACAGAGUGAAAAAUCACUGAGGUAAAGGCCGAUUUGACCGCUGCGCGCACUAGUGGAGACAGAGUCCAGUAACUGGCUGUUCACCAUAGCUCACACUUCAAAACAAUAAAUUUUAAAUGCACAUACGUUGAGCUUGUACCCUCCUUGUAUACCGAGUACAUCUCUACACUACCACCACAAAUUCAAACAUUGCCACCUGUGUGUCACAAAGGAACGUGGAAAAAAUAGCGAUAACGAGCUCAGAUGUCAAACUUUUCUCUUCAUGGAAAGAUGAUGAAUACAAAGUUAUCUUCAAAUUCAAGAAAUUUCACACUGCGUAUUUUAGAUAAAGCAGCAUACAUAUUUAAUAUCUUAUUACAAUUCAUAGUUUCACCUCAGUCGUCUGUUUAAAUGUCUGCCGUCAUCAAAGAGAAUACAAAAAAAUAGAUUUGGUCAUUAUUUACAAUAGAACACGUAAUUUCCGAACUAUCAAAGCUGAGGGUUGAAGGAGGAGGAGCGGCUUUGACAAGGGCAGACAUUUUUCUGCUAGGUUUCAAAAAUAUGCCCCGUGUGAGUCACACUGUGCACAUUCAGACAGAGGUUCCACACCAGGACAGCAGAGUAUUGGCAUACUGGUGACACUACAAAUACAUAACUUACAUAAAAAAAAAAGAAAACAAACAAAGUACAAUGCAAAAAUAAGUUUAAGACAAGGAGAGGAGAGGAGAGGACAGCAAUACAUGGAAUCCAGUAGUUGACUUUAAAAUGUAUUAGACAUGCACUCUUUUUUUAAUUCAUUUUGUUUUUUCAUUUGAAGGGGCUCUUAAAAUACAUCAGAAACUCGUCUUACACAAACAGUGAGAAACAAACACAAGUCUUAAAAAGGUUUAUCUUUGCUAUAUUUGAUAUUACAAAACUGGUGUCCACAAAGUGGUUAAAAGUGGACAGUAGAGACUGAAACAUGGGAGCAUCAAAGGUACAGAAGUUUAACUUGUUUCUCCAGACACCCCGUCUACCUGACUGGCCAAUAACAAAAACCACUCCUACUGCAAUAUGAAACCGAGGAAAAAAAUAUGUGGGGCUGUUGGGAAGUGACUGGGAGAUACACGUUUGAGAACAGUUCACAACUCGGGAGCACUCUCAAUCGUCCUCGUCCUCCUCGCCUUCCUCGUCCAAGUCCCUUUUUCUCUUCUGACCUCGCUCCUCUUCUAGAAAAGAGGAGUUUAAGGUGUUUAAAAAGACACUGAAGCCCAUGAUUCCUGUCCAAUGCUUCUUUCAGGGCUACAACUGCUUUGUGAUGGACAAUAAAGACUUUCUGACUCAGCUGAUUCCCAAAUCUACACUGUAUAAUGAUUCAAUGAUGAACAGUUUCAUUAUUAAACUCACGUUUGAUUGGUC